UGUGCGUGUUUAUGUUACACAUUGAGAUAGGGACUCUCUUUUGUGUGGGUUUCAUUUGUGUAAAGGAGUUAAGAUUCCCUUGGUUUUUGUUAACAGUAACUAUUAAUUAUCUCCUCUGUAUGUCACUGUGAAAGACAUUGGAGAUACAAAGAUCCCCAAUAAAAUAAAGGCCUCUCUCCUCCGUCAUAUAAUUUCAUGGGGAAGGAAAGACGUGUCCACAAAGCUUGUACAUGAAGGAUUACUGGAUAGGUGCAAUGGAGACGUCCUGGCUAAAUGUCAUGUUAAAUUUGAGGAUGGAGAGAUUACUUCCAACUGGAUGUGUGUGUGAAAACAGGAUGGCACCCCUGCCAGGCCUUGAAGGAAAGAGGGGUUUCAAUAGGUGGAGUUGGGGAUUUUGAUUAUAGUAUUAGCAAAUCCAUGGGGAAGGAAAAGGCAAUGUAAGAAAAGGAUUGGGUUAUAGUCUAGUAUUGUUGGAAUGGAGAGUGUGUCAUUCCCAUUCCACUGGGAUGUCAUAUGAAUUGCAGCUGGAAAGCUUUAAUAGAGCAGUUUGUAAGGAACCUCUAAUACCAGAGUUAAGAUGUUUAUUGAUUUUUGUGCAGUGGGGAACCAGUAUGUGUGUCAGAGAAGAAUCAUAUUCACCUGAUAUGUAAGUGACUAUGAGCGUCAAUUCUAAGAGCUCUUGACAUUGACCCUUCAGCAUCAUAUGCUGGACAAUAUUAGUAAACUGCAUCUUCCUGAAGUUCUCCAGAAAUUCUACAGGUGUCCAACCCUGGGCACCAGAAAAAGGGUUUCCUACUGAGAUUUUAGCACCAAAGUGAAGUGGCCUUGCUUCUGAGCUCUCAAACCCUGGGAAACUGGAAUCCAACCCAAGUGGAGAGACCACUGACCUGAAACUUUUGGCCAAAGUGUCAGAAUAUAACCUAGAAGAAAGUGCAUGUCCUGUUGUGGCUAUUGCCAGAAUAAUUCUGACCAUCACACAUAGGUAAAACAGGACUGAAGUGGCAUUGGAACAUUGAGAACCCAUUGAAGAGAGGGUGCCUUUGAAGGAUUGAUCUACAUACUUGGGAAGAAAGCUUUGUCUUCUUAAGACUUUGCCCUUCCCAAACAAGACAGCAUUGAACACAAGAGGAUGAAAUCUGCGCUUCUGACAACCAGAUCUCAGGAAUCAUUAUCCUUCAAGGAUGUGGCUGUGGACUUCACCCAGGAAGAAUGGGGGCAACUAGACCCUGAUCAGAGAUAUCUAUACAAGGAUGUAAUGCUGGAGAACUAUAGAAACCUGGUCUCAGUUGGACAUCAAGUUUAUAAGCCAAAUUUGAUAUCCCAGCUGGAGCAAGGAGAAGAGCCUUGGAUUAUAGAUAGAGAAAUCCCAAGAGGUGCCUUCCCAGACUGGGAGAUCAGACCAGAAUCCAAGAAGUCAACUACAAAGCAAAACAUUUCUGAAGAGAAAUCAUCCCAGAAGGUAACGGUGGAAAGAUUCCCAAGGGAUGGUAUAUGGCACUCUAAGCCAAGUGAAACCUGGAGAUUUGAAGACCACCUUGGCAUCCCACAAGAAAUACAUAAGAGAUAUCUAAAACAAACAAGAGUUGCCCAGAAUAAAAUCCUACCUGAGGGAAAAAACUCUGAAUGUAAUCAGUUUAAUCUGGACUCAGUCCUUAUUAUGGAGAAGAGUGUUCCCACUAGAGAGAGAUACCAUGAAUAUGAUAUAUAUGGAAAAACUUUUGAAAGUGAUUCAGACCUAAUAAGCCAUCAGAAAAUCUGUGUACCAAAAUCUUAUGAAUGUACUGAAUGUAGGAAAAUUUUCAGUAAAGGUGCACUCCUUACACAACAUUGGAGAGUCCAUACUGGGGAGAAACCCUAUAAAUGUAAUGACUGUGAAAAAGCUUUCAGUAAAGCUACACUCCUUAUACAACAUCAGAGAAUCCAUACUGGAGAGAAACCUUAUAAAUGUAAUGAAUGUGGAAAAGCUUUCAGCCAAAGUAUAUGUCUUACUCGACAUAAAAGAAUUCAUACUGGGGAAAAACCAUAUGAAUGCAAUGAAUGUGGGAGAGCCUUUAGACUACGUGGACACCUCACUCAACAUCAGAGGAUUCAUACAGGAGAGAAACCAUAUAAAUGUAGUGAAUGUGAGAAAACUUUUAGUCAGAGUACAGACCGUACUCAACAUGAAAGAAUUCAUACAGGAGAGAAGCCCUAUAAAUGUAUCGAAUGUGGGAAAGCCUUUAGAUGUAGUACACAUCUAACUCAGCAUCAGCGAAUUCAUACUGGAGAAAAACCCUAUGAAUGCAGUGAAUGCAGAAAAGCAUUUUGUGAUAGGUCAUCCCUUAAUAAACACCAGAGGAUUCAUACUGGAGAGAAGCCCUAUGAAUGUAGUGAAUGUGGGAAAGCUUUCAUUCGAAGUUCAGACCUUACUCAACAUUACAGAACUCAUACUGGUGAGAAACCUUAUGAAUGUAAUGAAUGUGGAAAAGUCUUCAGCCUGCAUGUACAUCUUACUCGACAUCAGAGAAUCCAUACAGGAGAGAAACCUUACAAAUGUAUUCAAUGUGGUAAUGCUUUCAGGCACAGUUCAGCCCUGGUCAGACAUCUGAGACUUCACAGUGGAGAAUAAUCCUAAGAAUUUAGUAAAUGAAAAAGUUUCUUUUGGACUUAACCCACAUUCAAAUACCCUAUGGUCAUAAUAGCACCAGCUAUGAUUCUGUUUGGUGUUCUUAAAUGAGAAAUACGCUGCUUCUUCCCCAUCUCUUUCCCAACUGCAUAUCUUUUUCCCAUAGUCUAUUCCCUAAUUUUUACAAGGGAUUCUCAUCCAAUAGCAGUUCCUCUUAAAACCAGUUUACUUAAUAAUUCAUUUAACAGUAAUUUGACUAAAUUCAUGAAGCAUUUUACAUUGCUAGGUAAUUUUGGUUUUUUUCUACCUAAUUUUUUGAUUUGGGACUUCUAAACAUUUUUGCAUUGCCUUUUGGUGGUGAAACACUAAAAGUAACAUGCAAGUCUUAAUAAGGUUAAGGAAAUUGAUCAUUAGAUGUACUGACUUUAAGUGAAUUGGCUUGCUUUCCUUAGCACUAGAAUUGUAUUGGUAUAAGUAAGGAAUGGACAUGUUUCCAAGUUUUCUUUAAAGAUACAGAAUUAAUUUAUUUUAAAAAUAAAAUCAUCUUUAGACAAGUACACUUUAUGGAAGCAAUCUUUUGAAGCAUGGAAAGUUGGUUAUGUAUGUUGCUAAAAGGAAUACUAUCCACAGUGAUAAAAUCACAGAGCUGUAAGGGAUUUCAGAGGUCACCUCUUUGAACCCUCUUGUUUUACAGAUGAAAGAUCAGGCCCAGGAAGGUUAAGUGACUUCCCAAGGUCACACAGGU